AGUACGUCGACUCAGCCGUACCACUACCGUCGUCAGCUGUCGCCGGCCUUCUAACCAGAAAUGCUGCAAACCGUGCGGACGUGAUUAUAACACAACAGACGCCCUCGCAAAUAGAUGUGGCAGCUAUCGGCUUGCGAUCGGCAUGAUCUUAGGAGACACUUGCAGAUGGCUACCGCCCUCAACCGGGCCAAACCUUUCGGACAUUCGGCUCAUCAACUCUUCUACAACGAUCCUUAUGAAGUGGUUAAUGCCGCCAGUAGCCGAUUGGUGGCUCAAGCAACUGCCGGAUCUGGACAGAUACAACUGUGGCAAUUCCUAUUAGAAUUAUUAGCUGACUCGAAUAACGUUGGAUGUAUUUGUUGGGACGGGCCAGGCGGAGAGUUCAAACUCAUAGACCCAGACGAGGUAGCCAGGCGUUGGGGAGAACGCAAAUCUAAACCAAAUAUGAACUACGAUAAGCUCAGCAGAGCACUCAGGUAUUACUAUGACAAGAACAUCAUGACCAAAGUUCACGGCAAGCGGUACGCGUACAAGUUUGACUUCCAUGGUCUUAUGACCGCUUGUCAUCAGAGUCAGCCACAGCUUCCUCAGCCUUCUCCUGUGGGUCCACCACAUUCCACACCGUCGCCCGCGGCGUCUUCUUCUUCGAACGCAGCCAACCCGCCGGAUUUUGGCGGGCUCUAUGGCCAACAACCAGUGUCCACGCCGACAGCCAUUUUCCCCACCGGACCUUCUUACUGGGCCACGUCGGCCGCCGGCCUGUCCACUCUAUACCAUCAUCACCAGCAUCCUCCCGCACCACCAAGACCUUAUCCGCCUUAAUAUUUUCAUGUCAAAGAAUAAAUCCAUUGUUCCAAAAUUAGAGUUGAAAAAAAUCUCAGUAGAAUAACAUAAACCACAAUCGCUUUUCUAUUAUUAAGCUGAUUAUCGUAAAAAAUCUGUCUGAACAUAAGUCCUAUAUUUUUGUUUUCUUAUAUUAGACAUAACAGCAAAAAUCUGUGUUAGUAUAAUGUUAUGUACUUUCAGUACUUUUGAAUUCGAAUCCAAUGCAUGGUGUCAUUUGCUGCAGCCCAUUCCGUAAAUGGAAUAAGUUAUUUUAGUACACAGAAAAAAUAUAUAGUUAGACCAACUAAACAUUUAGUUGGCCGAUUAUAUUUACCAUAAUUUUAGUUGGUCCAACUAUAUAUUUUUUUCCGUGUACCUACUAUGUUUAUACACUACAACUGUACUUUGUCAUAAAAUAUA